GUCUUCACACGCCCUGUUUGCUGCCUGAACCUCCAACACAGACUCUCGAGUCCCGAAGAAUUGAAUUUAAUCAUUUCCUGACAAAAGAAUGCAAUUUCAACUGACCCUUUUUUUACACCUUGGGUGGCUCAGUUUCUCGAAGGCUCAAGAUGACUGCAGCGGGGGUGCCUGUCAUCCUACCGCCGGCAAUCUCCUCGUGGGCCGUAACAGGCAGCUUACAGCUUCUUCCACCUGCGGGCUGAACGGAGCCCAGAAAUACUGCAUCCUCAGUUACCUGGAGGAGGAACAAAAGUGCUUCAUCUGUGACUCCAGAUUUCCAUAUGAUUGGUACACCCAACCCAACAGCCACACCAUUGACAAUGUCAUUGCAAGUUUUGAACCAGACAGAGAAAAGACAUGGUGGCAAUCUGAAAAUGGUCUUGAUCGUGUCAGCAUCAGAUUGGACCUAGAGGCGUUAUUUCAGUUUAGUCACCUUAUCUUGACCUUUAAGACAUUUAGGCCUGCUGCAAUGUUAGUUGAACGUUCCCAAGACUAUGGACACACCUGGAAAGUGUUCAAAUAUUUCGCAAAAGAUUGUGCUACUUCCUUUCCCAACAUCACAUCUGGCCAGGCCCAUGGAGUGGGAGACCUUGUUUGUGACUCCAAAUACUCGGAUAUUGAACCCUCAACUGGUGGUGAGGUUGUUUUUAAAGUUUUGGAUCCUAGCUUUGAAAUUGAAAACCCUUACAGCCCCUACAUCCAAGACCUUGUGACAUUGACAAACCUGAGGAUAAACUUUACCAAACUCCAUACCCUUGGGGAUACUGUGCUUGGAAGGAGGCAAAAUGAUUCCCUUGAUAAAUACUACUAUGCUCUGUACGAGAUGGUUGUUCAAGGAAGCUGCUUUUGCAAUGGCCAUGCCAGUGAAUGUGGCCCUACGCAGCAGAUGCGGGGAGAUGUGUUCAGCCCUCCUGAAAUGGUCCAUGGUCGGUGUGUCUGUCAGCACAAUACAGAUGGUCCAAACUGUGAGAGAUGCAAGGACUUCUUCCAGGACGCUCCUUGGAGGCCAGCUGCAGGACAGCAGGACAACACUUGCAGACCGUGUAGCUGUAACGGCCACUCCGACCGCUGUCACUUCGACAUGGCCGCGUACCUGGCGAGCGGCGGCCGCAGCGGGGGCGUGUGCGAGGACUGCAGGCACCACACCGAGGGCCAGCACUGCGACCGCUGCAGGCCGCUCUUCUACAGGGACCCCCGCAGGGCCGUCUCCCAUCCCUACGCGUGCGUCCCUUGUGAAUGUGACCCUGAUGGGACCGUAUCUGGUGGCAUUUGUGUGAGCCACUCUGACCCUGCAGUGGGAUCUGUGGCUGGCCAAUGCCUGUGUAAGGAGAACGUGGAAGGAGCCAACUGCGACCAGUGCAAGCCCAACCACUAUGGCUUAAGCGCCUCCGACCCCCUGGGCUGUCAGCCCUGCAACUGUAACCCCCUUGGAAGUCUGCCACUCUCGACCUGUGAUGUGGAUACAGGCCAAUGCUUGUGCCGGUCAUAUGCCACUGGACCACGCUGCGAUGAAUGCGCUGUUGGAUACUGGGGCCUGGGAAAUCAUGUCCACGGAUGUUCUCCCUGUGACUGUGACACUGGAGGUGCUUAUUCUAACAUGUGCUCACCCAAGGAUGGGCAGUGUGAGUGCCGCCCACACAUCGUUGGCCGCAGCUGCACCGAACCAGCCCCUGGGUACUUCUUUGCUCCUUUGCGUUUCUAUCUCUAUGAGGCGGAGGAAGCCACGCCGCUCCAAGGACUUGCGCCUUUGAGCUUGGUGACUUUUGGCCAGGGGCCUGCUGUUCACACUGUUUUACGAGAGCCAGUUCCUGGGAACCCUGUCACAUGGACUGGACCCGGCUUUGCCAGGCUUCUCCCUGGGGCUGGCUUGAGAUUUGCUGUCAGCAACAUUCCCUUUCCUGUGGACUUCACUGUUGCCAUCCGCUAUGAAGCCCAGUCUGCAGCUGACUGGGCUGUCCAGCUCGUGGUGAACCCCCCCGGAGGGCACGAGUACUGCACACGCAGGAAUCCACAGCCAAAGCCUCCAUCUUUUGCCUUACCAGCAGCUGCCAGAAUCAUGCUCCUUCCUACACCCAUCUGUUUAGAACCAGAUGUACAAUAUUCCAUCGAUGUCUAUUUUUCCCAGCCUUUGGAAGGAGAAUCCCACAUUCAUUCACACAUCCUGGUUGAUUCUCUUGGCCUUAUUCCCCAAAUCAAUUCAUUGGAGAAUUUCUGCAGCAAGCAGGACUUAGAUGAGUAUCAGCUGCACAACUGUGUUGAAAUUGCCUCAGAAAUGGGACCUCAAGUGCUCCCCGGUGCGUGUGAAAGGCUUAUGGUCAGCAUGUCUGCCAAGCUACACAAUGGCGCGGUGGCCUGCAAGUGUCACCCCCAGGGCUCGGUUGGGUCCAGCUGCAGCCGACUUGGAGGCCAGUGCCAGUGUAAACCUGGUGCGACUGGGCGCUGCUGUGACAGGUGCUCAACUGGAAGCUACGGUUUGGGGCAGCAUGGCUGUCAUUCAUGUCACUGCCAUCCUCAAGGAUCGAAGAACACGGUAUGUGACCAAAUAACAGGACAGUGCCUUUGCCAUGGAGAGGUGGCCGGCCGCCGCUGUGAUCGGUGCCUGGCGGGCUACUUUGGAUUUCCCAACUGCCGCCCUUGCCCUUGUAAUGGGUUUGCUGAACUUUGUGAUCCAGAGACAGGAUCAUGCUUCAAUUGCAGAGGCUUUACAACUGGAAGAAACUGUGAAAGGUGCAUGGAUGGUUACUAUGGACAUCCUUCUUCAGGACAGCCCUGUCAUCCUUGCCUGUGUCCAGAUGUUCCCUCAAGCAAUCAGUAUUUUGCCCAUUCCUGUUAUCAGAAUCCUUGGAGCUCAGAUGUAGUCUGCAAUUGUCUUCAAGGUUAUGUAGGUAUUCAGUGUGGAGAAUGCUCUACCGGUUUCUAUGGAAAUCCAAAAAUUUCAGGAGCACCUUGCCGGCCUUGUGCCUGCAACAACAAUAUAGAUGUAACUGAUCCGGAGUCCUGCAGCCGGGUGACAGGGGAGUGCCUUAGGUGCCUGCACAACACUCAGGGCCCAAACUGCCAGCUCUGCAGACCAGGUUACUUCGGAUCAGCCCUCAAUCAGACCUGCAGAAGAUGCUCCUGCCGUCCUUCCGGUGUGAAUCCAGCUGAGUGUCCCCCUGGUGGGGGAGCUUGUCUCUGUGAUACUGUCACUGGCAGAUGCCCUUGUCUGCCAAAUGUCACCGGCCUGGCCUGUGACCAUUGUGCUGAUGGAUACUGGAAUCUGGUCCCUGGAAGAGGAUGUCAGUCAUGCAACUGUGACCCUCAGAACUCCCAGAGUAGCCACUGUGACCAGCUUACAGGCCAGUGUCCCUGUAAAUUAGGCUAUGGCGGGAAACGUUGCAGUGAGUGCGAGGAAGACCAUUACGGUGAUCCGCGGGGGCGAUGCCUGCCAUGCGACUGCAACAGGGCAGGUGCCCAGAAGCCCAUCUGUGACCCAGACACAGGCAGGUGCCGCUGCCGCGAGGGUGUCAGCGGCCAGCGAUGUGAUCGCUGUGCCCCAGGUCAUGGCCAGGAAUUCCCUACUUGUCUUCGAUGUCACUUGUGCUUUGAUCAGUGGAACCACAACAUUUCUUCCCUCUCCAAAGCUGUGCAAGGGUUAAUUAGGCUGGCUGCUACCAUGGAAGAUAAAAGAGAGCCCCUGCCAGUCUGUGAGGCAGACUUCAAAGGCCUCAGAGAGAACAUGUCUGAAAUAGAAAGGAUUUUGAAACAUCCUGUUUUCUCAUCUGGGAAAUUCUUAAAAGUCAAGGAUUAUCAUGACUUCGUUAGAAAACAAAUCAUGCAGCUAAAUGAACAGUUCAAAGCGGUGUACGAAUUUCAAGACCUGAAGGAAACAAUAGUAAGAAUGAAGAAUGAGGCAGACCUCUUAUUUAAAGACCUUCAGGAAGAAAUUGAUUUACAAUCCAUUGUCCUUAAUGCAAGCAUCAUGGACUCCUCAGAAAACAUCAAGAAGUAUCAUCACAUAUCAUCAUCUGCUGAAAAGAAAACUAAUGAAACUAGUUCCAUCAUAAAUAACUCUGAAAAUACCAGGAAUGACUCACUUACCAUCUUAGAUAUACUAAUAUCAAAAGGAAACUUGUCAUUGGAAAAAUUAAAGCAGAUUAAGAUACCAGGUAUCCAAAUAUUAAAUGAAAAGGUGUGCGGAGCUCUAGGCAACUUGCCGUGUGCACUCUCGCCCUGUGGUGGCGCCCUGUGCGCGGGCACUGAGGGGCACAGGCGAUGCGGUGGUCCCGGCUGCCAGGGCUCCCUGACCCUCUCAGGGAACGCUCUCCAAAAAGCCCAGGAAGCAGAAUCCAUGAUUCAUAAUCUGGACAACUGGGUUAGUGGGUUGAAGAAUCAGAUCAAAAAUAUAAGUAAACUGGCAGAAGUCUCCAAAAACAAUGCCUUACAGCUAAGUGAGAAAGUGGGAAAUAUAAAAAACCAAAGUGAAUCUGAAAGAGAAAAAAUGAGUCUUUUCAUCAAAAAAGUGAAAAACUUUUUAUUAGAGGAAAAUGUGCCUCCAGAAGACAUAGAGAAGGUUGCAAACGGUGUACUUGACAUCCAGCUACCAGGAAUAUCACAAAAUCUCACCCAUGAACUUGACAAAAUGCGGAAACUUAUGCAGCUCUGUGAGGACUACAGGACAGAUGAGAACAGGCUAAAUAAAGCAGCAGAUGGAGCCCAAAAGCUUUUGGUGAAGGCCAAAGUAGCUGAGAAAGCAGCAAAUGCUCUAUUAAAUCUUGACAAAACGUUGAACAAGUUGCAACAAGCUCACAUCACUCAAGGACGGGCAAACUCGACCAUCACACAGCUGACUGCAGAGAUAACAAAAAUAAGAAAGAAUGUGCUGCAGGCUGAAAACCAAGCCAAGGACAUGAAGAACGCGCUGGACUUAGCCAAGCAGCCGUCAGAGCUGGAGGACGGACUUUCCCUGCUGUGGACCAAGUUGCAAAGGAACGAAGACCAAGCUGUCAGUGUGACAGCUCAGGGCGAAUCCGCCCACAGCCAGGCUGGGCGCGUUGAGCAGGAGUUUGUUGAGCUGAAAAAACAAUAUGCUAUUCUUCAACAUAAAACAAGCGCUACAGGACUGACAAAGGAAACAUUAGAAAAAGUUAAACAGCUAAAAAAUGCUGCAGAAAAAUUGGCUGAAGAUACAGAGGACAAAAUAAGAAGAAUAACAGAUUUAGAAAAGAAGAUCCAAGAUUUGAAUCUAAGCAGACAAGAAAAAGCCGAUCAACUGAAACAAUUAGAAGAUCAAGUUGUUGCCAUUAAAAAUGAAAUUGUUGAACAAGAAAAUAAAUAUGCUACCUGCUACAGUUAGGUAGAGUUAAAGUGCAAAAGAUUGUGCCUUUGUUUCUAGGUUCUGAUGAGCAAACUUGAGGAGCUGCACUGAACUUGUGAAAUACCAAUGGUCCACCUCUCCCACCUUCCCUUCCCCACCCCUCUCCUUACUACGCAGCUGCUCUGUGUGGCUGGAGGAGGAAACUGGGCCAGCAAAAUGCCACUUCGGUGCCCCUUUAUAAUAGAGAAGGGGAAGUAAAGAGAUUGUCUCUGGUUUCAGAAACCUUUCCUCUUGCCUUCCUUUCUCUUUCACAACUUAAAAUAAUUGGCUACACAUGGAAGGUAAAAGUUUACAUAAGUACUAUAUUUAUGAAUGAUCACUUCAGUCAAGUGAACCUAAAUGCUAACUAAAUACCUCUAAUACUAGGAUGGAAUAUGGAAUACAAAUGGAUGGCUUGCACUAGAUUGUCCUAUAUUUUAUAUUUAUUUCCAUUUGCAUUUAUUUGUAAAACUAUUAUUCUCUUUGGGAUAAAAUGCAUACAAUUAAAAAUG